ACAGUGCACUGUGCCAUUCCGCGAGCCGAGCGCGAUUCGUUUUGGACGCGAUAACAGAGGUGAGGUUUAAGUAUGUUUUCUCUUAAGAUUUUUUGAGAGGUUUUUUUCGCCUUGCUCCCAAAAAGACAGACUGUUAGAUCACUACGUGUCCCAGAGGGACUGGACGCCGAAUUAAAAAAUGGAAAGGGGUAAGAUCUGGGCUGAUUACUAUGGUAACAAGGCGGUUCGUAUUCCCAAGCAACGGUAUUUCUGCUGGACGACAGUGAUGUGCGCCCUGUGCUUGCUGGCCAAGGCUGAUGGCUGCCCAGAACACUGCACGUGCAGGGAAACCACAGGUAUCGUAACAUGCCAUACCCUGCGGGAGAGAAAGGUACCUGCGGAUUUACCCCAGUGGGCAACCACUUUGGUCAUGAGGGGCUACAAUAUCACAACUUUACUUAUGGACUCAUUUUCGCCCAACGGCACAGAGCUGGAGCUUGUGAAUCUUUCCUUGUCCGGAAACAGCAUCCAGAUCAUUGAAGCUUAUGCGUUCUUGGGACUGGUGCGCCUGGAGUCGCUGGACUUGAGUCACAACCGACUGGUCUACAUCGCCGCCGAAGCUUUCGGCGGUCUGCACAGUCUGCAUUACCUUUGCCUGAACGACUCUUAUUUGAGUUCGGCUGUCGCGCAGGUCUCAGACGCUCUGGCAACCCCUUGGAUUUUGCCUGACCGGAGAGCCGUCUUUGGGAGAAAAGAAAGAAAGAAACUGCUAGCGUACUGAGCAACAGACAGGUCGACCAAGGAAAGCAAAAGCAGUUGAUGGCAGAAACAUUGUGAGAACUCUGAAGAACAACCCCAAAACAUCAGUUAGUGACAUCACAAACAAUCUCCACAGAGCAGGGGAGAAGGUAUCAAUCAACCGUUCAAAGAAGACUUAGAGAGCAGCAAUAUAGAGGCUAUGUCACAUGAUGCAAACCACUCAUCAGUAGUAAGGAUGGAGGCAAGAUUACAAUUUGCAAAGAAGUACAGCGGUGAGCCACAAAAGUUCUGGAACAAAGAUUUAUGGACUGAUGAGACCAAGGUUACCAACCUCUGCCAAAGUCAUGGAAAGGCCAAAGUGUGGAGAAAGAAGGGAUCUGCUCAUGAUCCAAAACAUACAAGCUCAUCUGUGAAGCACGGUGGAGGAAGUGUCAUGGCGUGGACUUACAUGGCUGCUUCU